AUGCAGAUCUUCGUCAAGACGUUGACUGGCAAGACCAUCACGCUGGAUGUUGAGGCUUCAGACACCAUCGAUAAUGUGAAGGCCAAGAUCCAAGACAAGGAGGGUAUCCCACCCGAUCAGCAGCGCCUCAUCUUCGCUGGCAAACAGCUGGAAGACGGGCGUACCCUGUCCGAUUACAACAUCCAGAAGGAAAGCACGCUGCACUUGGUGCUGCGCCUGCGUGGUGGCAUGCAGAUCUUCGUCAAGACGUUGACUGGCAAGACCAUCACGCUGGAUGUUGAGGCUUCAGACACCAUCGAUAAUGUGAAGGCCAAGAUCCAAGACAAGGAGGGUAUCCCACCCGAUCAGCAGCGCCUCAUCUUCGCUGGCAAACAGCUGGAAGACGGGCGUACCUUGUCCGAUUACAAUAUCCAGAAGGAAAGCACGCUGCACUUGGUGCUGCGCCUGCGUGGUGGCAUGCAGAUCUUCGUCAAGACGUUGACUGGCAAGACCAUCACGCUGGAUGUUGAGGCUUCAGACACCAUCGAUAAUGUGAAGGCCAAGAUCCAAGACAAGGAGGGUAUCCCACCCGAUCAGCAGCGCCUCAUCUUCGCUGGCAAACAGCUGGAAGACGGGCGUACCUUGUCCGAUUACAAUAUCCAGAAGGAAAGCACGCUGCACUUGGUGCUGCGCCUGCGUGGUGGCAUGCAGAUCUUCGUCAAGACGUUGACUGGCAAGACCAUCACGCUGGAUGUUGAGGCUUCAGACACCAUCGAUAAUGUGAAGGCCAAGAUCCAAGACAAGGAGGGUAUCCCACCCGAUCAGCAGCGCCUCAUUUUCGCUGGCAAACAGCUGGAAGACGGGCGUACCUUGUCCGAUUACAACAUCCAGAAGGAAAGCACGCUGCACUUGGUGCUGCGCCUGCGUGGUGGCAUGCAGAUCUUCGUCAAGACGUUGACUGGCAAGACCAUCACGCUGGAUGUUGAGGCUUCAGACACCAUCGAUAAUGUGAAGGCCAAGAUCCAAGACAAGGAGGGUAUCCCACCCGAUCAGCAGCGCCUCAUUUUCGCUGGCAAACAGCUGGAAGACGGGCGUACCUUGUCCGAUUACAACAUCCAGAAGGAAAGCACGCUGCACUUGGUGCUGCGCCUGCGUGGUGGCAUGCAGAUCUUCGUCAAGACGUUGACUGGCAAGACCAUCACGCUGGAUGUUGAGGCUUCAGACACUAUCGAUAAUGUGAAGGCCAAGAUCCAAGACAAGGAGGGUAUCCCACCCGAUCAGCAGCGCCUCAUCUUCGCUGGCAAACAGCUGGAAGACGGGCGUACCUUGUCCGAUUACAACAUCCAGAAGGAAAGCACGCUGCACUUGGUGCUGCGCCUGCGCUAA